GAUGCAGGCAGGCGACGAUACCCUGCAUUUUUUUCCCCCUACCGAUUUCCCGUCACUCACGGUUGGUUGCUGAAAACCUGCCCACUUCGUUUGGUUCCUGAAUGGCCGUUCACUUCACCCAAGUGCUGAAAUACUUGCCCACUUCAGUUGGUUGCUGAAAACCCGCCAAUUCGGUUGGUUGCUGAAAAAUCGCCCACUUCGAUUGGUUGUUGGAAAUCCGUCCACUCCGUUAAACGAAGUCCGCUUAUUGCUCAGAAUCAAAGAUCUUCGAGUUCUGGGAGGAAAGAGCCAAGAUGGAUCCAGAAAGUCGACCUUUGAGGGGUCCGGGAAAGGCACCUGCCUCCGACAAGCUCAAAGCCACACAACAACAAGUCGACGAGGUGGCAGACCUCAUGAAGGACAACCUCAUUGGGAUCAUGGAGAGAGGGGAGAACCUCGAUGCCUUAGAGGAGAAGGCGACUAACCUGUCCACAGCAGCUGCCCAGUUCGAGAAGACUUCGUGUCGCUUGAAGAAGAAGUUCUGGUGGGAAAACCGGAAACUCAAAAUCAUCAUAGGAACUACGAUCGUCUUAGUGAUCGCCAUUAUUAUUAUUGUCGUCGUGGCUGUGAUAUUUGCCUAAGAAAGACGGAAGGGGGUGGGGAGACUAGACCCCGGUUUCCAAUUCUACAAACGUCGCCAGGCCUAGCGGCUUUCAAAUUGCCAAAGUGUGUAGAGUACAGCUACACUUCGAGUAAGUUAAUCAGGGCAGCAGUGUGUAUAUGUAUAAGUUAUAUAAGAUCUCGUAUUUUGAAAUAAAGUUAAAUUUUUAUA